AUGAAUCCCAUACUUUUCCUCUUUUUAUCUCUGCUUAUUUCUGCAGGGACUACCAAAAAGCUAAUUUCCUCUUCUAAAGGUAUGAUCUCAUCAAAACCUCUAUAUGACUACCAUAACCUACCUGUCAAUGACUUGGAGGAGGAGGAGGAAAAAGAUGAUAAUAACUACGUUGUACAAAGUCCUGAGGACCAUGAGAUCUUUUUAGAAACAGACAUUUCUACAAAUCCGCCUGUGUCCAAAGAUGUGUUAAUGCUGAAGAACAGUAUGCAGAAUUUACGGGAGUACUUGAAAUUGCUCUCUAUCAAAAAAGCUGAAGAGGAACAACAAGAGAGUUCUGAAGCAGAGCCUUCAGAAGAAUCCAAAUUUGGACCUCAUUAUCUCAACAUUAUCGCUCAAGGCCCAGUCGAGGAAUCACUUAGUGGAGAUCUAAGAGCAAAACCUGUGAACAUUUACAAGGACCCAAUUUUGAAAGACCUAUCUGCUGCAGAACUGGAUAACCAAACUCCUGAGUUCAAUGAGACAGAAUAUCACCCAAGAAACAUGUUUUUUAAACCAGUACCAAUGUCGGAUAAGGGUGAUCUUAUUCAAAAGAAGGCAGCAAAUGUAGGAAGAAAAAAAGAUGUAAGGGAAAUACUAAUGCUUGCUGUAUCAUCUACAACUCUUAUCAUUUUAAUCAUAUUUAUUAUAUGCUGUGGUAUGACUCUCAGCCAGUUCAGCAAACAAAAAAAGGGUUCUAGUAAUGCCUCCACCACUCAUGCUGAGCAACAGAGACUGGCAUAUCUAUCUUAUUUUCAACCUUUGGAAGGAGUAUCUGAUUCUUCUUUUUCUAAGACUGCAGCCAGUAGUAUGUGGGAUGAAAAAACACUGUCAGAGAUAAGGAGCAAUUCACAGUCUAGACAUUCAAAAACAAGAACAUUAUCCAAUAUAAAGUCAGUAGAUGAUGUGUCAUCAAUUUCUGAUGAAUCAGCUCGCAGUGGAGCUACUUCAUAUAAAGCCUCAAAAACAAGCGAAAAUGAGCUAUAA